UACUGGAACAGUCGCCCGAACCCGGGUUCAUUCUUGCCUCGCCGCUGGUGUGGGAGGACUUAAUCGUGACCAUUUUUUACCAUUGGAUCACAGUAAUUUGCAACGCAUAUUCUGAUGGCAGGCAACGAUGGAAAAAGUGUUAAUGUUGAUAAAACGAUCGCUGAUUGUUUGUUCGAAUUACCGCAGUUGAACGAAUUUCUGGUGCAGACUGCCAAGAAGGAGCUUGGCGAGGAUGAGUUCGUCCGGGAACAAUCGUUGGAACAGAUGCGCGAAUGGAUAGCACAGAAUCGACGAAUCAAGCACUGCCGAACGGAUGAUCGAUUCCUUCUUCGGUUUUUGCGCGUUCGAAAGUUCUCGGUCGUGAGAGCCUGUGAAACGCUGCAGAAGUAUCUUAUCAUGAGGCAAACAUACCCACAAUGGUGCAAGAAUCUAGACCCAUUGGAUAAAGAUCUGCAGACGGUACUGAAUUUUUGUGCUCUUCUACCGGUAGGUCGCGAUAAUGCGGGACGAAUCGUGAUCGUGGGUAUCGUUCGAAAUUUCGAUGCUCACCGAUUCAAUUCGGAUCUUAUGAUUCGGCUGAAUAUGUUAGUGACAGAGUCGUUGAUUGACGAGGAAGCUAACCAAGUGGCAGGAUUUACACACGUGUUCGAUAACAGCGACAUGACUUUGGCCCAUGUAACCUGCUGGUCGCUAGAAAAUUUAACCGGUUAUCUACGCAGUGUGAUCAACGGUAUUCCGAUUCGUCUGAAGCAGAACCAUUUCGUCAAUGUGCCCGGGUUUGCGGCUCAGACCAGCAAGUACUGUCUUUCGUACGCCAGUGAGAAGCUUAAAUCACGAAUAUAUUGUCAUCGAAAUCUUGAUGAGUUGAUGCAAAACAUAGACGUCAGCUUGUUGCCGAAAGAGUACGGUGGAAUGGUUCCGUUGGAUGAAUUGAAUGAGCGUUUCAAGAAGUAUUUGCUACAGAAACGGGACAUGCUACUCGCAUUGGAUGAAAUGGAGAUUCAGAUUGCAAACUCUUCAGGAAAGACUCACAAGAGUGCCGACAUCGUUGAUGUGGGAGCGGCGGGAAGCUUUAGGAAGUUACAGAUUGAUUGAAAACGGCGUACGAUUGGCAUUGAUUGGCCAAUAAUUAUACAUUUCCAAAGUGAUUUGAAGUUAUGAAAACAGUGCUUGUAUAAGUGAAAAACUAUAAUACACAAUAACAGUUGUAGUUUUCAUCAAGUUGAAUCUAAUAAACAUAUCGAUUGCACAUAUAUUACUCGUAUUAGGACGAUAGCCGAGGGUCAUAGAAUUUUCAGCAACAACGACAACUCUGGAAACAAUCGUAAAAUAGCAAAUGCGUAUGAUUAUGAUUACCAUUUAAUUUGAUAUAUCGCGUUGUGAUUUUAUUAUACGAGAUCUGUUCAAAAAAUAUCGCGACUUUUGAAUUUACGCGUUUUACGUAUAUUCGAUUCUAGAUUUUUUUGUGGCAUUAUGUUGGUACUCAUGUAUUUUACUUAUGCUGACAAGUACGGCUAUUUUGAAUGUUAAGUUAAUUUUUGACAACUUGAUUUUUUGACAACUGCUUUUCUUACUGAUUGUUUUGGUUCAUCCUCGAUUUAUGUCAUCAGUCUAGCGAGCCGUCAGGGAUGACUCUAGUGGGUUAAAAAUGCUAUGCGAGUGGACGUUGGCGAUGCCAUGGUCCGCACUAUUAACACGAUGAGCCCCGUGUCGGUCCCUAGGUGCUGUUGUUGAGCUUUUCGUUAGCAAAACGUCGAUCGCUGGGACUGACAUAAAAAAAAAUAUAUAAAAAAAAUGAUAUAAAAAAAAAUAUGAAUCUGAGCCUAGAGGCACGGACGGGAGCUUGACGUAGGACUGUGAUUGAUUGUGUAGUUAUUGCCUUUGAAAGAAACGUUUUCAUUGUUAAGAAAUCUGUAAUUUUUACUCUUUUGAUCCAUACAAUGGGGGUCCUGGAAAUACAGUAUCUUAUAUUAGCUUAUUGGCGGGUAGGAUAUAUUAGCGGACCGAACGGUCUUGGGCUUUUCUUUUUUUACAUACAACUAAAACACGACCAAUAUGUCACCCUUCUAAACUCGAGUCGACCGCGAGUAAUCGGUUUCCUAUAUUAUUAACAUUAGAAUUAAGGAAAAAUGUAUAUAUACUAGUAACAAUACAGUAAGGAGUUCGGCUCCUUUAAACCUAUGCAACUGAGCCUGUAAAAAUAAACGAUUUAAAUAAAAAAAAACACGACCGAUUCUCUUAACGUGUAA